UUUAUAUACAUGUUCUAGUACCUGCUCAAUAUUUACUUUUAGUAAGAGGUUAUGGCUUCUUGACAUUUACAAAUAUGACCAAAACCCGCAAAGAAGGACUGUAUUCUCCAACUAAAUUAAAAAAAGCAUUGGAGUCUGUGAAGAAUGGCAGAACAAUCCGGCAAACUGCAAAGGAUUUUGAAAUUCCUUAUUCAACAAUCCGUUCUAAAAUGAAAGGUAUCAAUCCUAUCGAAAUGAAGAAAGGUCCCAGUCCAGUAUUAAGUGCCGAAGAAGAAACUAAUUUAGUAAAUUGGAUUCUUAACUUAGGCGUAGCUGAAUAUCCUCGAACUAAAGAAUCUAUUCUUGACAGUGUGCAAUUAAUCUGCACUAAAUUAAAGAAGGUAACACCAUUUACAAAUAAUAGACCAUCUAAAAGCUGGUAUAACGGGUUCAUGAAACGACAUCAUGAUGUAUUAAGUACUCGAACUAGUCAAAAGUUAACGAAAAGACGAGUUAAUGUUAAUGAAAAAUCGAUCAGAUUAUGGUUUGAAGAGGUUGGCAGUUAUUUAAAAUCUAAAAACUUAUUGAAUAUUGAUCCGUCACGGGUAUUUAACUUGGAUGAAAAUUGCUUUUAUCUUAAACCAAAAACUGAAGAAGUUAUUGUAAAAAAAAGUCAAAAAAACGUCUAUAAUUUGUGUAAUGAUGAUAAGGAUUCAUUAACAGCUUUGAUUACUUGUAAUGCCAAGGGAGAAAUGCCACCAGACUUGAUAAUGUUCAAAGGUGCUAAACUUCCUGCUAAAAUAGCCAAAUUGCUACCAAAGUCAUUUGUUGCUGAUAAAAGUGAAAAUGGCUGGAUGACAUCUGCAAGUUUUUAUGAUUAUAUUGUCAACAUUUUUUAUCCUUGGUGUUUAGAAAAAAACAUUGUUUUCCCUAUUAUUUUAUACGUUGAUGGGCACAGCUCACACUUGACUCUUUCCUUAAGUGAGUUUUGUGCAGCUAAAAAGAUUGAGCUGAUAUCGUUGUAUCCAAAUGCCACGCACUUAAUGCAUCCUUUGAAUGUUGCGUUGUUGGAGCCUUUAAAAAAAAGCUAUAAAAAUGCAGUAAUGGAAUGGCGUGAGGAACACAAUGGUAUUUCGUUAAAUAAAGAAAAUUUCGGACACGUCUUAAGCAAAGCUCUCAGCCAGCUAGAUUUACCAAAGAUUUUAGGCAAAGGAUUUGAAGUAUGUGGACUUCAUCCAUUUUGUGCUGACGCUAUUGAUUAUUCUAAAAUUUUAGCCGAUAACUCGCAAGAAAGUAAUUUGGAAAAAAACGAGAUUAUGCAGACAAAUGAUGACGUUGAUAACUCAUUUAUUAACUUUGUGGAACAAAAUAUAGACAAUGAAUCUCUUGAGCGUUUUAAAAAUACAGCAAAAUUCGGAGGAGAGUGGAAUGGACCUCUUGAAGAAAAGAGAUUGUAUGAAUUUUGGCUAAAAACUUGUUUUGUUUCUGAUGGUUAUUCUCAACUUAUUAAUUAUAAUUAAAAUUAUAUCGGUAAUUACUGACGAGAAGGACUCAAUUCUUCGAGAUAACUUAAAUGAUAUUGAGUUAGAUACGGAUGCUUCAAAGGAGAAUGAAGAUGUAAAUAAUUCUAUAGUACUAAACAAGGACUUCAAUCCAGCAAAUACACCGUUAAAGCAUCAAUUAAGUACCGUCAGAA